AUGAGACUAUCACUAAGUGUAUUAAUGCCAUUGGCAUUAAUGCUAUUGGGAGACUAUGCUGAUGCCAAGGUAUUCCAAGCAGAAUUAAAGAAGGAAAAAUUGACCAAGGAAAUGUUGGAGUUGGGCUUUGAGGCUCACGUCCAGCAACUAGGUCACAAGUACGUGAGUCAAUAUGAGAAGGCUAACCCCGGGACUGUGCUACCAAGGGACCAUCUGUUUUAUCCUGAUCAGGUUCACAACGUUCCAUUGUCAAACUAUAUGGAUGCCCAAUAUUUUGCUGACAUUUCUUUGGGUACUCCACCUCAAAAGUUUAAGGUUAUACUUGACACUGGUUCGUCAAAUCUUUGGGUGCCAAGUGUCGAUUGUGGUUCAUUAGCCUGCUUUUUGCACAACAAAUACGAUCAUUCUCAAUCCAGUACGUAUAUUAAGGAUGGUCGACCAUUAUCUAUCAGUUAUGGCUCUGGUUCGAUCGAAGGUUAUAUUUCUGAAGAUAAUUUGCAGAUUGGUGAUUUGACUAUUCAGAAUCAGAAGUUUGGUGAAACCACCAGUGAACCAGGGUUGGCUUUUGCCUUCGGUAAAUUUGACGGUAUUUUGGGUCUUGCUUAUGAUACAAUUGCACAAGAUGAUAUCACACCACCAUUUUACUCAGCUAUUCAACAGCACCUAUUAGAUGAGUCAAAGUUUAGUUUUUAUCUGAAGAGUGUCAAUGACCCAGCAGCGGAAGGAGGAUCCGCAAGUGACGGAGGUGUGUUCACACUGGGUGGAGUUGAUUCAUCAAAAUUCAAAGGUGACUUGAUACCAUUACAUGUUCGCCGUCAGGCUUAUUGGGAAGUUCCAUUGAAUGCAAUUAAACUUGGUGAUCAGAGUACCGGCAAACUAGAAAACACUGGUGCUGCGAUUGAUACUGGUACCUCGUUGAUUACAUUACCCUCUGAUAUGGCUGAGAUUAUUAACGCACAAAUUGGUGCAAAGAAGGGUUGGACUGGUCAAUAUACUCUGGAAUGUUCUACUAGAGCUAAACUACCUGAUUUAACAUUUACCCUUGAUGGACAUGAUUUUGUUCUGUCACCAUUUGAAUAUACACUAGAAGUUUCUGGUAGCUGUAUCUCUGUUAUUACUCCAAUGGAUUUCCCAGAGCCAAUCGGAAGAAUGGCUAUUUUGGGUGACGCUUUCUUACGCAGAUACUAUUCUGUGUUUGAUCUUGAUGCCAAUGUUGUCAGUUUAGCUGAGGCUGUACACUCUGCUUGA